AUGGAGACAGUGACAAAUUCACCCCAGGACCCUGACCCCGAGAGACACUUGCAGUUCCAUGUCAUCGUGCUGGGGGACAGCGUGGGYGAGUCUUCACUGCUGCGCUGCUUCGCCGAGGGGCGGGUGGGGCCCGGGGGGGUGGCCACCCCCAGCCCUACUGUUGGCAUUGAGUUCUACAGCCAGACUGUCCUGCUGCCACCCACCGACAGGGCCAAACUGCAGCUCUGGGACACGGCUGGCCAGGAGCGGUUCAGAUCCAUCACCAGCUCCUUGUACCGGAAUGUGGCGGGGGUGCUGCUGGUGUUUGAUCUCACAGACCAGGCAUCCUGUGAGCACGUCCCUGAGUGGUACCGCGAGGCUGUGGGACACCGACCAUCUGCCUUCAUCCUGGUGGGACAGAAGUGUGACCUGGUGGCUGAGAGAGCCGUGUCGGCAGAGGAGGGUGGAUAUCUCACUGCCACCCUGGGCAUGGUCUUUGUGGAGACUUCAGCCCACAGCAACCUUAACGUGGAGUUGGUCUUCCAGACACUGGCUGGGGGUAUCCAGCAGGCACUGGGCCAAGUGGUCCUUGCCCCAUACCARGGAUGUGAUGGCAUCAGGCUCAUCCCCAGCCAGAGCCACCACCAGCCCCCUGCAUGGAGGGAGCCCCGGCAGCGCUGCCAGUCCGUGACUCGCUCCUACUACCGCAACUCAGCUGGGGGGAUGCUGCUCUUUGACCUCACCAACCGCGCGUCCUUCGAGAGCGUCCGGCGAUGGCACCAGGAGGUGACUGACACAAUCCAGCCCUUCCACUGA